UAACCCUGAAUGGCAGCUGAUCCAUGAAGUCGGGAAAUGAGGUGUCCUGGUCAGAAUAUGUCGUACUUAAAAUUAAUGUUAACAAUAACAAUCGAUUAUUAUUGUAAACCAAAAAUGUGUCAUUAAUAAAGUCACUAACAUUCUAAAUUGUUAGUAAUAAAUUGUUUAUCUACUUCAACAGAAUUACAUUACAAUCUAAUCAGGUAAACAUAGACUGAUUUUUGAUUUUAUUUACACUUGAAUAUAUUGGAGCAUAAAAUCAAAAUAAUUUCUAACGAAUUUUCAUUGAAAAAAAAAAUUCCGAAGAAGUAAAAUUAUGUCAUCAAAGAAUAAAUUGAAUUUAACGCUGCCACCGGGUUCAAUUGAUCCAGUACCAGCUGUUUCACCUUCGCCACCGGUUCCUCCUAUUCCAACAUAUUCUGAAGCUCCUGUGAUACCAGAACGUCGUAACUUUAUUUCUAGGGGUGUUAUGGGAAAAAUGAGUAUAGACGCGAUUCAAGAAAGAUUAGAAGAAUUAGAAAUGGACGAGGAGCAAAGAAAGAGACUUGAAAGUUUUCUUGGCCAAAAAGAAAAAGUUGGCGAACUCUGUGAUGAUGAUUUUGAAAAAUUAGGAGAAUUAGGAGCUGGUAAUGGUGGUGUUGUUAUGAAAGUUAAACAUAAAAAGUAUGGCCUCAUCAUGGCACGAAAGUUGAUUCACUUAGAAGUAAAACCAGCCAUCAAGAAACAAAUUAUUAGAGAAUUAAAAGUACUUCAUGAGUGUAAUUUUGCCCAUAUUGUGGGUUUUUAUGGCGCUUUCUACAGUGAUGGAGAAAUUAGUAUAUGCAUGGAAUAUAUGGAUGGUGGAUCUCUUGAUCUCAUUCUUAAAAAAGCUGGAAGAAUACCUGAGCCUAUUUUGGGAACAAUCACUUUAGCGGUCUUAAAGGGUUUAAGUUAUUUAAGAGACAAGCAUGCAAUUAUGCAUAGAGAUGUUAAACCAAGUAAUAUUUUGGUGAACAGCGCGGGAGAAAUAAAGAUUUGUGAUUUUGGAGUAUCCGGUCAAUUAAUUGAUUCAAUGGCAAACUCCUUUGUUGGCACUCGAAGUUACAUGUCGCCCGAAAGAUUGCAAGGCACUCACUAUUCGGUACAAAGCGAUAUCUGGUCUUUGGGCUUAUCACUAGUGGAGAUGGCUAUUGGAAUGUACCCCAUUCCUCCGCCAGAUGCUAGAACUUUGUCAACGAUAUUUGGUCAUCAACAGGGACCGUCAACUACGGAAAAUGUUGUAACCAAUAGCAUUCCAACACCUACAUCGCAAUCUCCAGCGCAUAAUGCGAGUAGUCCGAGACCGAUGGCGAUAUUUGAACUUUUGGAUUACAUAGUGAAUGAACCGCCACCAAAAUUGCCGCCAGGAAUUUUCAGUGAUUCUUUUACUGAUUUUGUAGACAGAUGCUUGAAAAAGAAUCCUGCUGAAAGAGCUGAUUUAAAAACUCUUAUGAAUCACGAAUGGAUAAAAAAAGCCGAAUGUGAAAAUGUUGACAUCGCAGGUUGGGUGUGCCGCACUAUGGAUUUACAACCUACAACUCCAACACGUUUGGCGAACGUGCAGUCCUGAAUAAAUGUAACUCUUACAUACUUAACUACUUAUAUUCGAGUUCAGUACUCUUGAGUUACUUUUUUACUUCAUUUUUUUUACUCAAAAAGAGAUUAUUAAAGAAAGUGGCGGCAUUUGUAAUUUACAAUUUGAAAAGUAAUUAUUUUUUAUCUCGUGUUCUUCUGUUGAUUCUACAGAAAAAAAGGGAAUGGUAAAAGAAUUAGAAGCUAACAAGAUUAAAAGAUGAUCUUUUUAAAAUUUUAAUCUCUUGUUAAAAAAAAACUAUUCUUUAUAUCGAGUUUGUAGUAAUUGUAUAAAAUAUUUAGGUAGAUAUUUUUGAAUUAAAGUUUAUUAAUUUUAAUGAGUAUUUUAAAAUUGUUUGAAAUACUUUGUAGUAAAGUGGCCUAAAAUUUUUAUAAUCAGUGGAGACAAAAAA